AUGACCACCACCACCACCACCUCCUGGCUUCCUGUGCUCUCCAUCUUGCUGAUGUGCGUGUGGGACUCGGCUUCCCUCCACCUGCCUGACUCCAAGGAGCUCAGGCAGAUUCUGAGCCGCUACCAGGAGGAUGCAGACCGGAACGGAACCAGCAACCCGGCCGGCGGUAGGACCCGACGAGCCAUCCGCUGGUCAGACCGCGAGGAGAUCCUCCAGCUGCACAACAAGCUGAGGGGGGGCGUCUACCCCACGGCCUCAAACAUGGAGUACAUGGUCUGGGACGAUGAGUUGGAGCGGUCUGCAACUCACUGGGCGGAGGAGUGUCAGUGGGACCACGGACCUCAGGACCUGCUCAUGUCUAUUGGACAGAACCUGGCUGUUCAUUGGGGCAGACACCGCUCUCCUGCCUUCCACGUCCAGGCCUGGUACGAUGAGGUGAAAGACUACACUUAUCCUUACCCCCACGAGUGCAAUCCCUGGUGUCCAGAACGCUGCUCCGGGCCCAUGUGCACCCAUUACACACAGCUGGUCUGGGCAACCACCAGCCGAGUGGGCUGUGCCGUGCACAUGUGUCCAAGGAUGAACGUGUGGGGGGAAGUUUGGGAGAACGCCAUUUACCUUGUGUGCAACUAUUCCCCAAAGGGUAACUGGAUUGGAGAGGCCCCAUACCAGCAUGGCCACCCCUGUUCCCAGUGCCCUCCCAGCUACGGAGGAGGAUGCAGGAAUAACCUGUGUUACAAAGAUGCUCAGCGCUCAGAGACAGAGGACAUGAACGAGGUGGAGAAGCCUCAGGUUCCACUGCCGCCUCGUACCACCACCACCAAACCUGCCCCCAGACCCAAACCCUCCACUCCCAAGAAACCAGCGACCAAACCCUCCAUUCCUAAACCCACCACACCAAAGACACCAUCUUCUAAGACCCCCAACCCUAACCUAGCUCAAACCAUUAAGUGUGAGACCAGACUGCGAGAUAAGUGCAGAGGAGCAACCUGCAACAGAUAUAAUUGUCCGGCCAACUGCAUGAAUAAGAAAGGGAAAGUCUGGGGAACUCUCUUCUACGAUGUGCAAUCAAGUAUUUGCAGAGCUGCUAUUCAUUUCGGCGUAAUCGACAAUAACGGAGGACUGGUCGACAUCACGAGAAUGGACAAGCUACCAUUUUUUGUGAGAGCCACAAAGAACGGCAUUGAUUCUCUCAGUAAAUAUAAACCCAGUAACGCCUUUGUGAUGGCCAAGGUGGAGGAAAUGACAGUGGACUGCUACACCACGGUGGCUGAAAUCUGUCCCUUCAAAAAGCCCUACUCCCACUGCCCGAGAGUUUUCUGCCCGACCAACUGCAAGAGUCAGCCUUCCUACUGGUCACCUGUUAUUGGGAACAACAUCUACACAGAUAGCUCCAGCAUUUGUAAAGCAGCCAUCCACGCAGGGGCGACCGGUGCCGACGGAGGCUUAGUGGACGUUCUGCCACUGGACAAGAGAAAGAGCUACGUUGGAAUCCUGAAAAAUGGCAUCCAGUCCGAAAGCAAGAGCAACACAGAGGGCGGCUCGUUCCGACUCUUUGCUGUGAGGGAGUGA